AUGCAUCAUAUCACCGCCACAAUUCUCCUUUCGCUGGGUGUUGCCUCGGCCUACGAGAUUCCUAAUAACCUGAAGCAAAUCUAUGACAAUCACAAGUCUGGAACGUGCAACAACAAACUAGCUGGCGGCUUCACAGACGGAAUCAAUGGCGCUGCAACAUUCGCCUACUGCGGCGACAUCGACGGCGCAAUCUAUCUGCAUAGCUCGGGCAACGGAGGUCAAUAUGAUAACAUGGACGUAGAUUGCGAUGGACUGAAUGACAAGGGCGGAGACUGUGGCUCUGACCAAACUGGCCAGGAUGAGACUGCUUUUAAGGAUCAGUUGAGUCAGUUUGGCAUUGAGGACCUCGAUGCUAAUCUGCACCCCUAUGUUGUGUUCGGUAACACCAACUUCGACCCGCAGCAGUAUGGCAUGGAGCCGUUGAGUGUGAUGGCUGUUGUUUGUAACAACCAAGUGUUGUAUGGUGUCUGGGGCGAUACUAAUGGCGCAGACUCGACUGGCGAAGCCUCGAUCUCGCUGGCUCAGAUGUGUUAUCCUGACGAGGGACUCAAUGGGGAUAAUGGCCAUGGCGACGAUGAUGUGCUGUACAUUGGCUUCACCGGUCAGAAUGCUGUUCCUGGUAGCAGUGCUAGCUGGCAAGCUGGGGAUCGGAAUGCCUUCGAGGAUAGCAUCAAGGAUCUUGGUGACAAGCUGGUCGCCGGUCUCCAGGGAUAG